UUUUUUGCUUUCUUCAUCCUUUAUUUCCUGGUGUCCUGACGAGCAGGUGUGCUGUUGGUAGCUGCGAGUUUGACCGAGCACUGAAGCUGUUGAUAUAGCAUUCAAGUUUGAACUUCUGGCCAUUUUGAGGGGUUGGAGAUCACAAUGAAUUUGCGGUUUUGCCUUCUAUUCAUGGCUUCUCUCUGGCUUGGAAGAUGUUGGGAAGCACCUGGGUUUUGUCAUGAUUAUGACUGUCCAGUUUAUACUCUCGUAAAAGCAUAUGAGAGUUUUGAGGAGCGUUCUUAUGCUGCAAGUCGGUGGAUUACAACAGAUGUUGAAAGCACCAAAGAAGAUAGUAUCCGAGGGGGUAUUUGGAAACUCUAUGAAUUCAUGCAAGGGGAAAACGAGGAAGGAAGGAAAAUUACUAUGACCAGGCCGGUAUUGGUGUCAGUCAAGAAUCAGGGUAAUGUGUCGAUAUCCUUGUUCAUCAGCGCAGAUGUUGUCCUCCCUCAACCUAAUGAUAAGACCAUCAAGAAUAAAAACAUGCCUGCGGCAACAGUGUAUGUUAGGGAAUUUGAUGGAUUUGCAUCUGAGACUGAUGCCUUGGAGAAUAUGGAGACACUGAAAGCGGACCUGCAGGCUGCAGGGAAACCAUUUGAUGACACAAGGUUUGAGGCGGUUGGGUAUGAUGGUCCAUUUGUCUUGAUCAACAGGCACAAUGAAAUAUGGAUCUAUGCUGACUAACAGCUAUGAAGCACAGAUAUCACAUCACUGUUCCAACUAAACAAUCUCUUUAACUGAACCUUUCUUUCAUGUGCUACUUUAACUUUGUACUUAGAAACCAUUUAGUAAAGUACUUGCAUAAGUAAA